CCUUGCCUGACGAAUAUGAAACCAACUUCAGCGUCAUCCUCCUGUGCCCUCAUUAAAGAUGGCCGUUUCGGCUUCACCUCGUUGUUAACGGCGCACACAUACCAUUGGUCGGAGCUGGGCUGUUCGACCAUAGUAGCGAUGGUGGGCAUGAGCUUACUCCGGUCUGCUGCUGCUUUUGCAGUCAGACUGAGUCCUCUGAAAUCUGGAAACACUGCGGCAAACUUGCUCACUAGAACUAUCCCACGGGCGGAUAAAGUGGCUGUCCGUUGGGGUCAUGGAAAGAAAAUGUUUGUCGUCAAGCCCACUGACUACUAUGACAGGAGGUUUCUGCGCUUAUUGCAAUUUUACUUCCUGCUCACUGGCAUUCCCGUGGCUGUCAUUAUCACAUUUGUGAAUGUCUUCAUCGGUGAGGCAGAGAUGGCUGAAAUUCCUGAGGGCUACGAACCGGAGUACUGGGAGUACUACAAGCACCCCAUCACCAGGUGGAUUGCACGGACCAUAUAUGAUACCCCAGUGAAGGACUAUGAAAAGAUGAUGGCAGUAAUCCAAAUAGAGAAAGAGAAGGCAGACAUGAGACUGACAGAGCUGGAGGUGCGUCGACUGAUGAGGACCAGGGGCGACGGCCCCUGGUUCCACGUGCCGACCAUCCACAAGGGGCUCAUUGACAACAGCCCAAAGUCGUCACCUGACAAUUAAUCCAGAUGUGUCUGUACAUCAUGUUGAUGAAUCUGACGUCGUUUGUACAUUUUUUCCCCUUCCUGCGUAAAAUAAAGCAUCUUUAUCUACUCUGA